AUGAAAAGCGCGCCAAUUUUCUCCGUGGAACUCUUAUUUAUUGAGAAUUUCUGGUUCGACAAGAAAACACCCAGUAGGAUAAGUCGAAAGAGGAGUCCUAAUUUUUCUCAAAUUGAAAUGGAAAUACUGCUUGAUGAGGUGGAGAAAAACAGAGCCAUUUUAUUUUCAAAGUUUUCCAAAGUAUUUACAAAUUCUUCAAAGAAAAGAGCAUGGGAGGCAAUAUGUGAGAAAAUCAACAAGGCAAAUAACAUCGACCACUGUAGGACAGUAGUAGAAGUGAAGAAAUGGUCCUCUUAUAUGAGUGAGAUGAAAAAGAAGGCUGCGCAAAAUCGCAGGGAAACAGGAAAAACUGGAGGAGGCCCCCCACCCCAGGGACUAAAUCCUACGCAGGAAAAAAUUGUGGGAAUAAUUGGUUGUACCCCAAUUUCUGGCAUAGAGGGCGGUAUCGACACCUGCGAGGUCACCGGAAAAAAAACGGUACAGUAA